UUUUUGGAAGAAGAAAAGAAAAUGGCACCAAAUAUGUAUAGGGUUGGAGAUUAUGUCUAUUUCGAAGCGCAACCAGCUGCACCUUUCCAUAUUCGAAGAGUUGAAGAAUUAAAUAAGACUUCAACUGGAGCAGUAGAAGCAAAAGUUACUUGUUUUUUUAGACGUCGUGAUUUGCCUGAUUCAAUUCUUAAAAUUGCUGAUCAAGCUGAGAGGCAGAAUAAAAUUUUAUCAAAACCGCGUAGAACUUUGUUAGAUUUGAAGGAAAGUGUUACUUCUUCAGCUCCUGUUCUAGAAGCUAAUGGAGGGGACUCAAAAUCUGCUAGUCCAAAAGAAAAUGGAUUGCCUGAAUCUAGUAAUGAGGCACAAAAUUCUGCAAAUUUGGACGAUGGGAAAAAAGAGUCAUGUUCUUCUCAUUCUCAAAAUAACAACGAUGAGGGCAACGUUAGCAGCAGCACAACAACUUUUUCACAUCCAAAAUGUUAUGGUUUUGCUGGUCUUCCACGUGGAGCAACAAAUCUAACUUCAGAACAAUUACAUGAAUUACGUCAAAAAGAAUUAUUUCUUUCAAGAAUUGUUGAAACAUUGCCAGCAACACAAAUUCGUGGUAAAUGUUCGGUAGUAAUAUUAAAUGAUGUGGAAACCUGUGAUAUGUAUAUUGGGAAAGAUGAUUCAUUUUUCUAUUCACUUGUUUACGAUCCUUCAAAUCAAACAUUAUUGGCAGAUAAAGGACGUAUUGAAAUUGGAAAUAGACAUCAAGCAAUAAUUCCUGAUUUGUUAAAUGAAAAAAAUAAAAAUGAUUUGGAAACAAUGGAAUGUGAUGAUGUUGAAAGUGGAAAUGGAAGAGUGGAUGAUGAUGAAGAAAAAAUGGAUGAUGAAAUUGGAAAUGAGGAAAAAAAUGGGCAUGAGGAUAAAAAAGAUGAAGAAAAACAUCAAAAUAAAAAAGCUGAAGAAGAAGAAGACGACGAUAAAGCAUCUUCAUCAUCACUAAAAGAAGCUUCCAAAAUUUCAAAAAAUUCAUCAACAAAACAUCAAUUUCAUUUUGAAGGCGAAACAAGGCGAGAAAGAUGUGUUUAUCAUCCAUACCAUAAUCUUUCAGAUUUGGAAAUUGAUCAAUUUUUAUUAAUUGCAAGAGCUGUUGGAACAUUUUCUCGAGCAUUAGACAGUUCCUCUUCUAUUAAAAUACCAACACUUCAUCAAACAGCAGCGGCAGCUUCACGAGAUAUUACACUUUUACAUGCUAUGGCUUUAUUGCAUCAAUCAAACUACGAUAUGGGAAAGGCAACAGGUUUUCUCGUCCCCCCAGCAGACAACAACCACCACUAUCCACUUGAAACAGAUAAAUUAACGUCAAAUAAAACAGCAAUUUUGGGUGGUCCAAUACUUUGUAGAGAUCAAUUAGAAGAAUGGUCAGCUUCUGAAUCAACUCUUUUUGAGGAGGGUGUUGACAGAUGUGUGAAAGAUUUUCAUGAUAUUCGGCUAGACUUUCUUCCCUGGAAAUCAAUACGCGAUAUUGUUGAAUACUACUAUAUGUGGAAGACGACUUCGCGUUAUGCUGAAAUUAAAAAAACCAAACAUACAGAUCGAGAAAAUAAACUCAAUGUAGUCUACAUUCCAAGUUAUAAUAAGCCAACAAUUAAUUUAAUUAAUUCUGCACCAACACCUUUUGAAUGUGUUAAAAGUAAUUAUCCUUGUGAAGGAUGUAAUAUAAUAGAAGCUUAUCAAUGGUAUUUGUGGGGACCAGCAAAUCAAUUGAGGCUUUGUGGUGAUUGUUGGAAUAUUUGGAAAAAGAGAGGAGGUUUAACUAAUCCUCAUGAAUUAGAUACUUUUGAUUUGGAUGGUUUAAAUGAAGGAGGACGUUCUGCUGUUAGUAGUGGUCAAGCUGGCGCGAAUCGUCAAAAUGUUAAUUCAAAGAAUUCAUCAAAUAGUGGUCCUCAACAACAGCAACAACAAACAUUGUCGACCUCAUCAAAAAAUGUUGGUGGAAGUUUAAUUCCUUCUUCAAUAUCAGGACAAAUUUUGAUUGGACAAAAAGGCCGUGUAGCUUUUUGCCUUAAUGCACCAUUAGAAACUCGAAUAGCUAGAAGGAUAGCUCCUAAACAAAUUUUUAAUGUUCGUAAAGCAGCUAGAGCACCUUUCUUUGAAUUUGAUCUGAAAACAGUUCAGGAUUAUUAUUUUUGCCGUCCAUUAUCCGACAUUUUACAAGCUGCUCGACAACUCCCACAUGGUAAUCAUAUUUCUCGUUCUGCUAUUGAACAUCUUUCAAAUUUGCACAAAAAGAGGGCUAUAAUUGCAAAUGGAGGAAAAUAA